UGGCGGCGGCGUUGGUGGCGGCAGUGGACGGGACGGCUGGGCCUGGAACAGUCGGAGCAGCCGCUGGCAGAAGGAUGACCCAAGACGGGAAGCGGGCUGCUGAGCCUCGCCGGCUCCCGUGCUUGUAACUGCCCCAGCCGGACACCCCCCCCUUGACCUACCCGUCCUUCAGUGAAUCUGCAGACCUAUUUUCUCAGGAGUUCAGCCUGGCCUUACUUCAGUGAUAAAAGGAGGAAAGGCUGGCUAUAGCAAACAUCAUUCAAGAUGUCCAGCAAAGGAAGCAGCACAGAUGGCAAAACAGACUUAGCUAAUGGAAGCCUGUCUAGCAGUCCAGAGGAGAUAUCUGGAGCUGAAGAGGGAAGAGAGACAUCCUCAGGCAUUGAAGUAGAGGCCUCAGACCUGAGUUUAAGCUUGACUGGGGAUGAUGGUGGCCCCAAUCACACCAGUACAGAAAGUCGAGGCACAGACACAGAAAGCUCAGGUGAAGAAAAGGACUCUGACAGCAUGGAGGACACUGGCCAUUACUCCAUCAAUGAUGAAAACCGAGUUCGUGACCGCUCAGAGGAAGAGGAAGAGGAAGAAGAGGAGGAAGAACAACAACCUCGGCGCCGUGUACAACGCAAGCGAGCUAACCGUGACCAGGACUCAUCAGACGAUGAGCGGGCCUUGGAGGAUUGGGUGUCCUCAGAGACAACAGCCCUGCCCCGACCUCGAUGGCAGGCCCUCCCUGCCCUUCGGGAACGGGAGCUGGGUUCAAGUGCCCGCUUUGUGUAUGAAGCCUGUGGGGCAAGAGUCUUUGUACAGAGGUUCCGCCUGCAGCAUGGGCUUGAGGGCCAUACUGGUUGUGUCAAUACCCUGCACUUUAACCAGCGCGGCACCUGGCUGGCCAGUGGCAGCGAUGACCUGAAGGUGGUAGUGUGGGAUUGGGUACGGCGGCAGCCAGUACUGGACUUCGAGAGUGGCCACAAAAGUAAUGUCUUUCAGGCCAAAUUCCUUCCCAAUAGUGGUGAUUCCACCCUGGCGAUGUGUGCCCGGGAUGGGCAGGUUCGGGUAGCAGAACUGUCUGCCACACAGUGCUGCAAGAAUACAAAGCGUGUGGCCCAGCACAAGGGAGCAUCCCAUAAGUUGGCCCUGGAACCAGACUCUCCCUGUACGUUCCUGUCUGCAGGUGAAGAUGCAGUUGUCUUCACUAUUGACCUGAGACAAGAUCGGCCAGCUUCGAAACUGGUGGUGACAAAAGAGAAAGAGAAGAAAGUGGGGCUAUAUACAAUCUAUGUGAAUCCUGCCAAUACCCACCAGUUUGCAGUAGGUGGACGAGAUCAAUUUGUAAGGAUUUAUGACCAGAGGAAAAUUGAUGAGAACGAGAACAAUGGUGUACUCAAGAAAUUCUGUCCUCAUCACCUGGUGAACAGUGAGUCCAAAGCAAACAUCACCUGUCUUGUGUACAGCCACGACGGCACAGAGCUCCUGGCCAGUUAUAAUGAUGAAGACAUUUACCUCUUCAACUCCUCUCACAGUGAUGGGGCCCAGUAUGUUAAGAGAUAUAAGGGCCACAGAAAUAAUGCCACAGUAAAAGGCGUCAAUUUCUAUGGCCCCAAGAGUGAAUUUGUGGUGAGCGGUAGUGACUGCGGGCACAUCUUCCUCUGGGAAAAAUCAUCCUGCCAGAUCAUUCAGUUCAUGGAGGGGGACAAGGGAGGUGUGGUCAACUGUCUUGAGCCCCACCCUCAUCUGCCAGUGUUGGCAACCAGUGGCCUAGACCAUGAUGUGAAGAUCUGGGCACCCACAGCUGAAGCUUCUACUGAGCUGACCGGGUUAAAGGAUGUGAUUAAGAAGAACAAGCGAGAGCGGGAUGAAGAUAGCUUACACCACACUGACCUGUUUGAUAGCCACAUGCUCUGGUUUCUUAUGCAUCACCUGAGACAGAGACGCCAUCACCGGCGCUGGCGAGAACCUGGGGUUGGGGCCACAGACGCGGACUCUGACGAGUCUCCCAGCUCCUCAGAUACAUCGGACGAGGAGGAGGGCCCCGACCGGGUGCAAUGCAUGCCAUCCUGAGGCCUCAUGCCUAAGAGGGGCGGGCUGGGGCUGCCAACCCGAUCCUGCCUGGGCACUGCUUUCCUGACCCAGGCCCUUAAAUUCAGCAGAAACGCACUUUGGACUUUUUGUUUAGAAGAUAUCCCAAGAGAAGGACAGACCAGACGGGGAUUGAACCAGCAGACAGCACCUAGGAGGAGUGGGAGUUGAGCCCUGGAAUGGGUUCUGUGGAGAGGCACAAAGGACUCAGCAGAAAUGGCCUCUCCCUGAAGCUUUUUUUUGGGGGGUGGUGGGGAGCCUGUUUUGUUAACUGGUUUAGGAUAGGCAAUGGGGCUUCUUUUAAUCUCCCUUGUUUCCUUUGUGGGGGUGGGGUGAGGGCAACAACUGGCUGUUCAGUACCAAGGGGCCAGAGUGGAGGGUAGGAGUGCCACUCGCUCUUUGGUUUAGGUUUUUGACCUUUUUUUCCCUUUGUUUUUUAAAGUCUAUGACAGUUUCAUUGUUUUCCUCCUGAGCAAAUCUAUCCCAGGAUCCUGUUUUUCUGGGAAGUCCUUAGAGCCCUUAACCAUCCCACACUUCUCACUUUCCACCUCAUUCAUUCUCUGUACUCAUCACAGUGUUUUGCACUUGAUUAUGUAUCCUUCACUCUCUUCUCUUCAUCCCAUCACCCCCUAAAUAGGUCUGGUGAAGGAAAUUGGAGAGAGGUGGGAGGAGGGGCAGAGGUGGAAGAAGAAUAGGAAGGAUAUUACCUCUUCUGUUAUUUUUUUUUUUUUUUAAGAAUUGUUUGGUGGCAGCAAUCUCCCUGUCCCUAUCACUAUUAGAGGCCUAAUUUUAUAUCUAUAAAUAUAUUAAAAAGCAAGUCAAACUUGGAUGUAUCAAGUUAAAAUUAUUGUCAAAGUUUAAAUACCUAUAUAUUCUCUAUGAAUGCAAUAAAGGGACUUAAAGGAAGAAUGAGCAAGAGUAAUGAUGUCAAAAUGACACCCAUGGUUAACAUGCCCUUUAUAUAUGGCCAUUAAAGCCUGGGGCUUACUCUUAGGUUUUUAGGAGGCUCAAUAAUGGAAGGAUCCUCAGUUCUGCCCUUUUCUGCCUGGAUAUAGGGGUUGGAAAAACAUUUUCUCUAAACUCUGCCUCAGAUCCCCUAACUCUCCUUAAGUCUCAUGGGAGCUCCCAGGAUGGGUGUUGAAAUCAGAGGCCGGCCUAUUUUUAAAACAUAACAGACCUGUGACAUUAGAAAGGGCGCUGCCACCCACUGCCUACUCUCUCCCGAUCUUGUGUAUGACAGAAGAUACACACAUUCUCUUAGCUAUGAUUCUUUAAGCAAUCCGGCUCCAUAUCAGCCCUUCCUAAUGAAAAUAGUAAAGGGCAAAUUUCUUGGGUUUGAUUUUAUGUAAAUUUUGUCCACCUCUUGGUAUCUUGGGAUUGAGGGACAAGAAAGACAGUGAUCUAACCAGGCACAGUGGUGCAUACCUAUAUAAUCCCAGUGAUUCAGGAGACUGAGGCAGGAGGAUUUUAAAUUCAAAGCCAGCCUCAGUAAUUUAUCGAGACACUGUCUCAAAAGGAAAAAAAAAUAUAGAUUUGGGAUGUAGCUCAGUACUAAAGCACUCCAGGUUCAAUUCAAAGUACCCAGAAAAAGAAAGAAAACAGGAUUCUGGUGGCUAGGGUUUGGACACCUCUCUUAUCAUUUGUCACUGAGUAUGAAAAUCCUAUUUGAAUUCUUGCCCUUAACUGCUUUUGCUGCUAUUUCUCUGCCCCCAAUUUCCACAAGAUCCAGUUAGGAAUUCUGCAUCCUGGAACAGUUGGAUUCUACUAAACCAGGCCGUGAAGAAGAGGGGGAAAAACUGAGAGGAUGGUAGUGCCAGACAUUCCUUCCUCCUGCCCCUUUUCCUAGCAGCUCUCAGACUCGAUGUUAGCUAUUGCACUUUCUUCCUGAGGUAGGGAAUGUGUAGUGACUCGAGUGGUUUGUCUCCCUAUUGCUAAUGGAGUGAUACGGUGGGACUUAAAACCAUGCACUCUGGAAUUUGUUGUAUUUUCUCAGUAAAGCUUUCCCCCACACUCUG